ACUUGGGUGGGGUGCGCGAGCGCUUUUUGCUUGUGUUUAGACGACCCGGUAUCGGGAUUUAUCCUUAUUGUACUUUAUUCUGCUCGUAACUCUCUCUUUUAUCUAACAUCUUUACGUGAAGUUUUUAUUUUAACAAAAAAUUGUGUUCUGUAACAAAGAACGUCCUAAGAUUACAUAUAUUGAUAAUGCCAAAAUGAUAAUAAAAAUGAUUUUAAUCGUUCAGAGAGUCAAUGAAAGUUUGAUUUUGUUUUGUGAAUGAGUGUUGUUAAAUAAACAAAAGCGGUCUCCGACUUUCCUUUAUUAUUACAUAUUUAAUAGUACUACAAAAUUGGCAUUAUGAAUGAAUUUGUGAUAUAUAUUUUAUGUCUUAAUUUUAUUUAUGUUGCCGGCGCGGGCACCGGUGUUAAGGCUGGCACCCAAAGCGGGACUUGCUAUCACAAAGUGGCAGCAUGUGAAGCGAAUACGGGCAAUGCUAAUAGAGCUGUUUGCGGCACGGACGGUCGAACUUAUUCCUCCAAAUGCCACCUCAUGAAAGCCCAGUGUUCUGGUGAAACGGUGACAAUAGCGUACAGAGGGUCGUGUUCGGAGGGUCAGUCAUCCUGCCUAAGCGUGCUGCGUUACGCGUUGAGCGCACAGGGCGGGCGGCGCGCCGCGUUUGUCCCACGAUGUAGAGCUGACGGCACUUACGCGGCGAUACAAUGCGCGGCCGCCGGCGCCUCCACCGGCUGCUGGUGUGUCACUCCCGACGGCAAACCGCUCCCCGACACAGCCAUAAGGAACGGCAGGCCUGACUGCACCAAGACGGGUAAAUCACAGACGAAGCGGAGAUCAUCUGUACGGGGUCAACGAAACAAAAGAAGCUGUACUCGUAUUGAUCGUGCUCAGUUCAACGGGAACCUAAUAAAAAUAUUCAGCGGUGAAUUCGAUCGUGCAAGAUCGUCUGAAGGCGGGGCGGCCAAAGAUUCCCAGACUGUUGCUGACUGGAAGUUUCGGGAACUCGAUAGGGAUAAGAGCGGCACAUUACAAAAAUCAGAAUACAGGGGAUUGAGAAGGCUAAUUAAAAAGGUGGUUAAGCCAAAAAGAUGCGCUAGAGCGUGGACACGUGGCUGCGACGGUGACGGCGAUGGGGCCAUUGCUAGAGAAGAAUGGGCUGCAUGCUUGCUGUCUAACCCCGAGCCACCUGCUCCGGACUUCUCUCUCCGUUUCUUCAUGUCGUUGAAUGCAGACGACGACAGCGGUCCUGAGCCGGAGCCUGACUAUAACGAGGAGGAACCGCCGGCAGAUCCUAGUUCAGCGAUGUUGCCGGGAAUUAUGCGUAACUCAUUCGCCCCUGACGGUUCCGUGGCUAGAGAGGACGAAGCCAACGAUUGUCUCACGGAUCGCCAGGCUGUGUUAGAUGAACAGAAGGCGGGCAGCGCGGUACUAUACGUGCCGGAGUGUAUGGGAGACGGCAGAUACGCCAGAGCUCAGUGCUACCGGUCGACCGGAUACUGCUGGUGUGUGCACCAGGACACCGGCAAGCCUAUACCUGGCUCCUCGGUGAAGGACAAACGACCGGACUGCGACGCAGCGCCGCAACAUGCCAGCCCUAUGCGAGGAUGUCCUGAACCUAUGAAGACUCAUUUCUUAAAGGAUUUGUUGAGUUUUUUCGUGUCCAAAAUGACGACUUCCAUCAAUGGAACAGGGCCUGGUGACAUGGUGAAAUGGGGUGCGUCAAAGGAAGAACAAGCGGCCACGUGGACUUACGUGAUGCUGGACAAGGACAAAAACAAAGCUUUAGAAAGACGAGAGUGGAAAGCGUUCCACCAACUGAUAGCUAACAUGGAACAACUGAGGAGAUGCGGCCGAAAGUUGCCCCGAUAUUGUGAUGUUAACCACGACUCCAAAAUCAGUAUAACAGAGUGGAUGGCGUGCUUAGAGAUGAACCAAGCGUCGCUGGGCCGCUCUACCGAGACCACCAAAGUUCCUUCUAAUCCUAGGAGAAAAGGACCCAAUCCACUAGAAUCUAUUCUCAAAGCCGACGACUGAUACUGUAUAAGUGCAACCGACAAAUAAUAUUGUCGUCGCAAUUCAGGAGGAUACUAGUAAUAUAUUAUGGCCAGUGGCGUGCACACAUAAACACAAUGCAUACCCUGAGGACCUAUAUUGGAGGACGAAUUUUUCUAUUUUGUACAAUUUGUACCUAUAGUGCAUACCCUAGUUAAAAACCUUGUGCACGCCACUGAUUAUGGCCACGGGUGCCAAUUCAGUUCACAAAACUUAGCAACACCUAGCUCUAAAAAUGAGUUACAACCUCGUCACAACUAAUAAUUAUAGAGUUGAAAAAUUGUUGUAUUGUGAGCUGAAUUAACACCAUUUUAUAGGUGACGUCAUUAAGUGACGUACCUCUACCACUAGGUCAGUAUUAAUGUGUAUUUCAGAUAGCAUGAGUACGGUGACAUUAUCGUGAAUCGCGGCAAACUUUCAAUAAUGAAUCGAACUGUCACCGUACCCAUGCUAUCUGAAAACACUUCAGUGGUCAUAACACCCCAGUAAAGUGCAUACGUUUUUGUGAAACAAUAACAGGUAACUGGGACUUUAAAAUAUGAUAAUAAUAAUAAAUUAUUAUUUAUUUAUCUCAUUGUUAAAUGCAGAUGUUCCCAAAGGUAAAAGCAACUGUACUUUGAUUUGUCUUGUUUUGAAUAAAUAAAUGGUUCAAAAAUGGUAAAUUCAAGAAGUGUAUACUUUAUAAUAAUACUAGCCCUCAGGCAUAACUUGGGACAAAAUCAAAUUGACUACCAUAAUACUGCCACUAAUUGGGCUACAACCCUUGGGCUUCAUCUUUUGUAAACUCAUAUGACAGUUGUUGUAUACGUAUAACUAAUGGUCUGCUAAAAACAAUGUAUAAAUAUAUACAGGGUGCUCGGGAGUAUUUCCCGUAACUUCAAGGUUUUGACGAGUCCACUUAUAGGUGCCGAACUGCAUAACUAAUAUAUUUUUAGCUAAAAUAGUAAUUUAAAAAAUUCCGACUAUCCAUGUAACACACGCCUUUAUCUAUUUUUGCAUUUUAAAAUACGUUAAACUUGGUUACGUCAAAAUUAUAAGUAUGCGUAUAAGGGACACAUCUUAAGAUCUGUUUCCAAAAAAAAUAUUAUCUACCCUGAAAAUAUUAAUUUUAGAUCACAUGUUCCAUGAACAUUUUUAAUUAAUUUUCGGAAGAAUCCAACCCCAGAGUUAUGGGUUAUGUUAUGGGAAAUACUCCUCAGCAUCCUGUAUAAUUUAAUAGCGUGAAACCUGAAUAAUGAGUCAUUACGAUAUUUUCAGAAAUAGAGACAAGUUAUCGUUUUAUUUAUGCAACAGACAAAUGCGCAAAUGUAUAUUAAAUUUAGCAUAAAAACUGUAAAAUUUGCCAUGCUUUUCAAGCCAGUCUAUGUGAACAAGCCCUUGAACUAUAUUAGACUAACAGCACUUUCAAUUUAUGUGUUUGGAGUUGCACGUUUGUCGGAGGGCUGAUUUUUCAGUACAGUUAUAUACACAUAAGACGUAAGUGCGAUGCCCCAUUAGUGCGUUGCGACAUCUCUGCAACGACGCUGCGUCGUUUUCCAUAUAUUUCAAAUGGCAUGCCACGUUACUGCGUGGCGUCGCCGCAAGCGACGAUUGUACGUUCGACGGACAGGGCUCAUUUUGUUUUGUAUGCAUUGUUGACCGGGUGCGUGCGUCGUCUUCUUGCACUGCGUUAUGUGACAACGCAAUGCAUGAGUGGCUUACACUGCGUUGUGAUCACGCAACGCACUAAUGAAGCAUCGCCUUUAACCGAAGCGGUCAGAGAAAACUCGCCGUAAAAGUUAUUUUUAUGGCAGAUAUAAAUAUCAGUGAUGUAUAUUAUCGUUAUUUAAACCACCCUUAAAUAUUUUUUUUAACUGAAAAUAAAUAUAAAGCAUAAUUACCCUAACAUAAUAACGUAUUUAAUUUAAAAAUAUAACAUCUUACUAGUUGUUUAUAUAAAAUUGUUGAUAUAAUGCCAUAAUUAUAAUAAAUAUAGUAUAAUGCCAGAAGUAUAAUGAACAUUUAGGCAUAACUUUUUGAUUAUUAUCCCUUAUUUAAAUGUAAUGUUAAGCUAUGAUAUAUAACAAUUUUUAAGUUGAAAAUCUGUAUUAAUUUAAAUAUUUAUAAAACAUUUAGUCAGAUUAAAGUGUAAGAGAUAUGUGAUAUUUUGUUCAUUUCUAUUACUAUUUCUAAAUAAAUAAUUUAGUACUUUA